AUGUCUUGUCUGAAUUAUUCUUGCCACAUCUGCUCGAAGCCCUGGAACUCUCCGGCAGUUCCGCCGUCAGCUGCCGCACAUGAACUAUUCCGCGGCUUCUCCUUUGUUUCGCCUGGUGUGGUAGAUGAAAAGAAGGAUGACAAGAAAAUUCGAACCAUUCCGACGGCUAAAACACAUCCCAUCACCGACGAUUACAUACUGAAGGAAGAAGUCGGAACUGGAACGUUCUCCAUUGUUCGACGUUGCAUAAUGAAAACGACGAAACGCGAAUUUGUCGUCAAGAUCAUUAAAAAAUCGGCAUGUGAUCCAUCGGAAGAGGUGGACAUUCUUCUUCGCCACGGGCAUCAUCCACAUAUUGUGAAAUUGUUCGACGUCUAUGAAGACGAAACACAUGUUAAUCUUGUACUUGAGUACUGUCGUGGUGGCGAAAUGCUUGACAGAAUUCUAUCGAAGAAAACCUUUACCGAACGUGAAGCAGCAGCGUCGAUGGCGAACCUCGCGAGUGCCGUUUGCUAUCUGCAUUCCAACCAGGUCGCCCCGGAAGUGCUGAAGCGUCAAGGAUACGAUAGAUCGUGUGACGUGUGGUCCUUGGGUGUCUUACUGUAUACGAUGUUAUCCGGUCAAGCACCUUUCGCAAUGGGACCAAAUGAUCCGGCUGACGAAAUCCUCAGGCGCGUUGGCGAAGGUCGUGUCGUGAUGGAGGGCAAGGCAUGGGAGGACAUUAGCGAUAAUGCAAAGGACCUCGUUCGUAAGCUGCUGGACGUGGACGCGUCGCGACGUCCCGCUGCAAAGCAAAUCCUUCAACAUCCAUGGAUCACCCAUAGGAACAGCAUUCCCACAACUACUAUUGUAAAUAAUGUGUACAACGUGGAAACAGUCAAGGGCGCUCUUGAGCAGACGUAUCGAGCGCUGACAACGACAAGUGCCGUCAAUCUCCGUCCAGUGAAUGCAUCGGCAUUAGCGAAGCGACGAUUGACUCAGUUGCCAAAGAUGGGUGUCUGCUCAUCCUGA